AUGGAGGGCCACGUCGCAGAGAUGGUCUGGUUCCAUAAAUUUGAGGAGCCGGAGACAUCCAGGCCGAAUAUCAGAGGUGCGCUGGGAAUUGCCGGUGCUGAACGGGACGGCCACGUCUUGUACAUAAAUUACCGUUUCCAGCCUAACCUUUAUCCGAUUACGAGGCUGAGCGGCGACGAAUUCCUCCGUGCAUGGUGGCAAGUGGUAGUCAUCGCAUCCUCCAGAAAAAACGGCGUCCAUUACGAGGACGUUAAUCCUAACAAUCUCAUCGGACCCCAGGCGAUCGACUGCCAAGAACGUAUUGGAACGCCACCAUUCAUGGCUGCCGACCGUCUCACGACAAAAGAUGGCAGAAUCGGGCGUUUGUACCAGCACAAUGCUGAAUCGUUCAUCUGGGUUCUCAUCUGGGUCUGUCUUCGGUAUGAGGAUGGCAAGCUGUUGAGCAAGGACAGACCGCUCAAUGACUAGCUGAGAACGGAUGUGAUUAGAUGUACGGAGAAGAAGUCUUACUUUAAGUACGUGGGGGGUGGUGGAGAACGACCCUCGUCAUCGUACCAGUCUAACUGGACGAUUGCGCAAUCUUGCCUCACUCCUGUCGCCUCAUCUUUUGCGAAAUGUAUCCUAUACCCGUGCUGGAAGAUGAGUUCGUAUUUCGAACGUGGUUCGAGGUGAAUGUAUCGUUAUCCCAAACAUUGAAUGCUUUGGUCCACUUGUAAAUGUGUCAUAGUAGCAAGCAUGGAUUACUUGACUUUCUUCGAAUAUGUCCUUUGGAGAUCAACUCGAGUGUGUCGCGAUCAGAUACUUGCCUCGUGUGUUUGGCGAGUAAGAGUUCAUGACAUUAAUAAUGAAGUACUC